GCAUCGGGCCCCCGGGCGGAGCAGCAGGCACCGGGCCCCCGGGUGGGGCGACCGGGCCCCCGGGCGGGGCAGCAGGCACCGGGUACCCGGGCGGAGCAGCAGGCACCGGGCCCCCGGGCGGAGCAGCAGGCACCGGGCCCCCGGGCGGGGCGACAGGCACCGGACCCCCGGGCGGGGCGACAGGCAUCGGGCCCCCGGGCGGGGCGACAGGCAUCGGGCCCCCGGGCGGGCGAUAGGCAUCGGGCCCCCGGGCGGGGCAGCAGGCAUCGGGCCCCCGGGUGGGGCAGCAGGCACCGGGCCCCCGGGCGGGGCGACAUGCAUCGGGCCCCCGGGCGGAGCAGCAGGCACCGGGCCCCCGGGCGGAGCAGCAGGCACCGGGCCCCCGGGCGGGGCGACCGGCGUCGGGCCCCCAGGUGGGGCGCGGGCGCCGGGCCCCCAGGAGGGGCGACAGGCAUCGGGCCCCCAGGCGGGGCGACAGGCAUCGUGCCCCCAGGCGGGGCGGCGGGCACCGAGUCACCAGGCACAACCGUGGGCUCCGAGUCAACUGGGAUGACCGCUGGCACUGGGUCAGACAUUGGAUCGUCUGGCUGGACAGCGGGCAUCGGGUCACCAGGCAUCAGGUCAUUUGGCUCGACAGCGGGCACCGCGUCAUCUGGCAAGGCAGUGGGCUCCGAGUCAACUGGUAUGACCGCGGGCACUGGGUCAGACAUUGGAUCGUCUGGCUGGACAGCGGGC